CUCCAAAGGGAAACAGUCAAUGACCGGAACAGUGUUCAACCGGUUGCUGGGGUCCACAACAUCAUGGCGCGUUAACAAUCCGCCGGUCAUCUGAGACACCGGGCACUCCAAGGCAGAGCCAAAGCUCCAGACGAUCUCAGUUGUGUGAAACCCGGUUUGGAUCAAAUGGACCACGGGGAGACGGUUCUCUCCGACCGGGUCAGAAUCGACGGCACCGUAACUCAGGUGACGCUAACGACUGGUGGCCAGCUCCGGUGGACCGGCCGCUGUCUGGUUAUAAAGAAAGAGGUCCUCGGCUUCUCCGUUGAAGGAUCAGAGAUCAAAAUAAGGGCUAUUGUGGAAAAAGGAGCUGGAAUCUGCUGCGGCGGCGGCUACACAUCGCCUCUUCUCAAGAAUUCAUAGAUUCUCUGGGCCUAAAAGGCUCUUUAUAAUUGUGAAUCCAUAUGGAGGAAAGAAACCUGCCUCUAAGAUUUUUCAUGAUGAGGUAAAACCACUCCUUGAGGAUGCAAAUAUUGAAUAUGCAGUGCAAGAAACAAAAUAUCAACUCCAUGCCAAAGAAGUUGUCCAUAGCUUGGAUCUUUCAGAGUAUGAUGGAGUUGUUUGUGUUAGCGGAGAUGGAAUUCUGGUUGAGGUUGGUUUGUUAUUCCAUAAUCAUUUCAUACUGGCACAUGAGAACCAUAGCAUUCAUAGGCGCCGAUGGCUCAACGGGAUUCAAAUUUUUGGAUUGCCACCCACCAGUGACUGCUGCAAUGAUCUUCAUGUUCCUUCAUGCCUUUUAUUUUGUUGUUGAAAAUUUUAGUAGGUAGUUAAUGGACUGCUUGAAAGGGAGGACUGGAAAACUGCAAUUAAGAUAUCCCUUGGAGUAAUACCUGCAGGUCUUUUGCUUUUGUUCUUUAUCUCCAUCUUUCUUGUUCGUGUUGCUUACAUUUUUACCAGUAUAUAUCUAUAACUGAAGAAGGGAUCAUUGCACACAGGAUCUGGAAAUGGGAUGGCCAAAUCUCUUCUAGAUUCAGUAGGAGAGCCUGCGAGGUACUAGGAAUUUGCGUGGUCUUUCUCUUCCAUUUUUGGUGAAACGUAAACGAAAACAAAAGUUGUAUUUAUGUUGAGAGGCUUUCCACAGGCCACACGAGAGCACUUGAUGUAGCUACCAUUUCACAGGGGCGGACCAAGUGUUUUAGUGUAUUGUUGCUUGCUUGGGGUAUAUAUUACUAUCAACUACUUUCUUAGCCUGUUUCUUAUUUGAU